UGCAGCAUCUGUGAGAACGGAUUUCCAUGCUUCGAGAUAUCAGUGAUCAAUCCUGACAAACCACCAUUGUCUUUGGCUGAAAUUAAAAGUCGAGUAGAACAAUUUAGAAAGGCAGGGAAAACUGUCAUUAUCUCAAACCAGCCAUACUUCUAUAAGAAAGCAGAAAUUUUCCCUGGAAGUGCCUUUGUGAUUGGGGCAGACACUGCUGUGAGGCUUAUUAAUCCGAAAUAUUAUGGUGGAAGUUAUAGCCAAAUGCUGGAGAUUCUUCUUGGCUGCAAAAGAACAGGUUGCACAUUUCUAGUUGGUGGCCGCUUGGUCGAUGGAGUUUUCAAGGUUCUUGAAGAUGUUGAUAUUCCUCAAGAGUUGAAUGACAUGUUCAUCUCCAUACCACUGGAAAAGUUUCGCAUGGAUAUUUCAUCAACCGAGAUAAGGAAGAGCAAGAACAUGUGAGCCGCAUAUGAUAACGUGAUAUGUAUUAAAAGGUACAUAAUUGAUGAAUUCGAGACUCUCCAUACUUGGAUGAAACAAGAAUAACAUUUAGAACCAUAUCAACAUUAUGACUUUUGAGUUCUUGAAAGUCAAGUAGAUAAUUGAUCUUUUGCAUGUUAA